GUCAAAAUAUAGUAAUUUGUAAUAAAUAAAAAAAUUGAGAGUAUGUUUAUAAAUUUAGCCAUUUUUAGCUAUUGCCAUUAUCAAAAACCCACCUCCAGAAUCCAAUGCAGUUCUUGUUUCUUGAUUAAGUUUCAAACAGUUACAACUCAAUUUUGAUAAGGGUUAUGAUAAUUAUUUAUCAUCACUACUUGAUAGAACUAUUACAUAUAACGGGUGAUUGGCUUGAGAAAUUGGGAGUUUUGAAGUUGGGUUUUGAGAACAUCAAUAUGGGAAAACAAGGACCUUGUCACCAUUGUGGCACUCAAAGCACUCCAUUGUGGAGAAAUGGGCCACCGGAGAAGCCAGUGUUGUGUAAUGCCUGCGGAUCAAGAUACAGGAUUAGGGGAAGUCUAGCAAAUUAUGUACCUAAGCAUGCACAAGGCCAACCAAUUGCUAAAAGAACAAGAAUUAACUCAAAGGAAGAAAACAUCAAAAUAGAAGAGUUCUCAAAUGAUAGUUACCAUUCAUCAACUAGCUCUGGUGACUCUACAGGCACUAAAUCUAGCUCAGAAUCUGCAAUGUCAUAUCCCCUAUGCUGCUGCAAGAUAGAAGCAGAGGAUGGAGGUGAGAUUCCAGGUUUAAUUCAGGAAAGCUCAUGGAAGUCUUGCAUCCCUUCAAAAAAGAGGUCUUUAGUGGUUCAUCGCAAUCUUUCACCUAUUGAAAAACUACAAAGAGAUCUUCGCAAUAUUUUGAAGUAUGAAAAGCCUUCCAUCUUGUCUGAAAAUGAAGAUGAUCUCCUCAUUUAUAAUGCAAAUAACCUGCAAGUAUCAUGCAAUGAAAUAGGUCUUGGAAGCACCUUCCUUACACCCAGCACUACUUCAAAAGAAUUGCCAAUUGAGACGCACUCUUCCAUGGAUAAGCUUAAGAAAAUGGGACCAGCUGCUGAUAUGUCAAUGUCACUCAUAGACAUAAAAGAAGAGUUGUCACCAUAAGGUUGCAUUUGAAGUUCCUAAACUUGUGGAACCAUCCCACCUAUGAGUAUUUAUCAAUUAAACCUCAAAUUUUGGUAUUUAAAUUUAGUUUGGACUGAAUAUUUAGAUUAUUUAUUAGUUUGCUUCAGAUGAUAGAUCCUUUAUUUUAGACCAAAGUUAUUAGGUGUUUUGGGUGUAGUCUUAUAUGGCAUUUUAG